AUGGCAGAGGCUGCCGGCGGCAGAGAGCAGCCGGCGGCGGGCCGUGCUCCUCCCGACGCCGCUUACCGUGCCGAAGAGGAGCCCGAACCGGCGUCGCUGGACGCUCCGGCGGCAGCCGGGGACAGGAGGCGGGAGCGCCGCAGCGGCGUUUCGGCCGUGGGUACCGCGGAGCGCUUUCCCGGUGGCAGCCUGGGGCCAGCGGCAGCGCCCGACCCCGACGCCUGCCUGCUGGAGGCGGCCAAGGCCACCCCGCGGAGGAGCAGCAUCAUCAAGGAUCCUUCAAACCAAAAAUGUGGAAGAAAGAAAACAGUGUCCUUCAGCAGCAUGCCAUCAGAGAAGAAAAUAAGCAGUGCCAGUGACUGUAUCAGCUUUAUGCAGGCUGGGUGUGAAUUGAAGAAAGUUCGUCCAAAUUCCCGGAUUUAUAACCGUUUUUUUACUCUGGAUCCUGACCUGCAGGCUCUCCGCUGGGAGCCUUCCAAGAAGGAUCUGGACAAAGCCAAGCUUGAUAUUUCUGCUAUAAAAGAAAUCAGACUAGGGAAGAACACAGAAACGUUCAGGAAUAAUGGACUUGCAGAUCAGAUUUCUGAGGACUGUGCACUGUCAGUAAUUCACGGUGAGAACUAUGAGUCCCUUGACUUGGUUGCCAAUUCAGCUGAUGUGGCCAAUAUUUGGGUAUCAGGAUUAAGGUAUUUAGUUUCUCGUAGCAAACAACCCCUGGACUUGAUGGAAAGCAGCCAUAAUACCCCACGGUUUGCCUGGUUAAAAACUGUAUUCGAAGCGGCAGAUGUUGAUGGCAAUGGCAUAAUGUUAGAAGAUACAGCUGUGGAGCUAAUAAAGAAGCUUAACCCCACCUUAAAGGAGUCAAAGAUUAGAUUAAAAUUUAAGGAAAUUCAGAAGAGCAAAGAGAAACUGACAACGCGAGUAACAAAAGAAGAGUUUUGUGAAGCGUUCAGUGAGCUUUGCACAAGACCUGAAGUGUAUUUCUUACUUGUGCAGAUAUCCAAAAACAAAGAGUACCUGGAUGCCAAUGACCUCAUGCUGUUUUUAGAGGCUGAGCAAGGAGUGACCCACAUGACCGAAGAAAUGUGUCUAGAUAUCAUACGUAGGUAUGAGCUUUCUGAAGAAGGGCGGUUGAAGGGUUUUCUUGCCAUUGAUGGAUUUACUCAAUACUUGCUGUCCUCAGAAUGUGAUAUUUUUGACCCAGAGCACAAAAAAGUCGUCCAAGACAUGACACAGCCUUUGUCACAUUACUACAUCAAUGCAUCCCACAAUACAUACCUGAUAGAAGACCAGCUCAGGGGGCCGGCUGAUAUCAAUGGUUAUGUCAGAGCUUUGAAGAUGAGCUGCCGGAGUAUCGAGCUGGAUGUCUGCGACGGCCCAGAUAAUGAACCCGUUAUUUGUAACCGCAACAACAUGACAUCGCCGCUUGCCUUUCGAAAUGUCAUCGAAGUAAUAAACAAAUUGGCCUUCUUCGCCUCAGAAUACCCUCUUAUUCUGUGCUUGGGGAACCACUGCUCUGUACAGCAGCAAAAGGUGGUGGUGCAACACAUGAAAAGAAUCUUUGGAAACAAGCUAUACACAGAGGCACCUUUAUCCUCAGAAGCCUACCUCCCAUCACCUGAGAAACUGAAAAUGAAGAUCAUUGUGAAGGGGAAGAAACUUCCCUGUGACCAGGAUGUAUUAGAAGGAGAGGUCACAGAUGAAGAUGAAGAGGCUGAAAUAUCCCGAAGACUGUCAGAGGACUUCUCGAGGGAACCGAAGCUGAUCUGGCUCUGCAGGGAGUUGUCUGACUUGGUGUCCCUAUGCAAAUCUGUCCAGUACAAGGACUUUGAGACAUCCAUGAAAUCUCAAAAUUAUUGGGAAAUAUGCUCCUUCAGUGAGGCAGAAGCCAGUCGGAUUGCAAAUGAAUACCCUGAAGAUUUUGUUAACUACAACAAAAAAUUCCUGUCCAGGGUGUACCCGAGUGCUAUGAGAAUAGACUCCAGUAACUUGAAUCCUCAAGAUUUUUGGAACUGUGGUUGCCAGAUAGUGGCAAUGAACUAUCAGACCCCAGGGCCCAUGAUGGACCUACACACUGGUUGGUUUCUACAGAACGGGGGAUGCGGGUACGUUCUCAGGCCCUCAGUGAUGCGUGAUGAAGUGUCCUACUUCAGCGCAAAUACCAAGGGUAUUGUUCCGGGGGUCUCCCCCCAGGUCCUACAUGUCAAAAUUAUCAGUGGUCAGAAUUUUCCAAAGCCCAAGGGUGCAUGUGCAAAAGGGGAUGUCAUAGACCCCUAUGUCUGCAUAGAAAUACAUGGGAUUCCUGCAGACUGCACUGAACAAAGAACUAAAACCGUGCAGCAGAACAGUGAUAACCCAAUUUUUGAUGAAAGCUUUGAGUUCCAGAUCAAUCUACCGGAGCUGGCCAUGAUCCGCUUUGUUGUUUUGGAUGAUGACUACAUUGGGGAUGAGUUCAUAGGACAGUACACCAUCCCACUGGAGUGCUUACAGCCCGGAUACAGGCACAUCCCACUGCGCUCUUUUGUUGGUGAUAUCAUGGAGCACGUUACCCUUUUUGUUCACAUUGCAAUAACCAACCGAAGUGGAGGUGGGAAGGCACAGAAGCGUAGCCUCUCAGUAAGGAUAGGGAAGAAAGCAAGGGAGUACACCAUGCUGAGGAACACUGGUCUCAAGGUUAUCGAUGACAUCUUUAAGCUGGCAGUGCAUCCAUUGAGAGAGGCUACUGACCUGAGAGAAAAUAUGCAGAACGCCAUGGUGUCGGUGAAGGAGCUGUGCGGGCUGCCGCCCAUCGCCAGCCUCAAGCAGUGCAUCCUGACCCUGUCCUCGCGCCUCGUGAGCAGCGACAACGUGCCCUCGGUGGCCCUCUGCAUGAAGGACACCUUUCCUUACCUGGAGCCUCUGGGCACCGUGCCCGACGUGCAGAAAAAGGUCCUGGCAGCGUAUGACCUGAUGAUUCAAGAGAGCAGGGUUCUUAUUGAGACAGCAGACACCACUCACGACAAGAUUGUUCAGUGCCAGAAAGCAGGAAUGGAAUUUCAUGAAGAGCUUCAUAACCUUGGGACUAAAGAAGGUUUGAAAGGAAGAAAAUUAAGCAAAGCCAUUGAGAGUUUUGCAUGGAAUAUUACAGUGCUGAAGGGCCAAGGAGAUCUCCUGAAGAAUGCCAAGAAUGAAGCCCUGGAGAACAUGAAGCAGAUCCAGCUGGCAUGCCUGUCGUGUGGACUGAGCAAAACUGGGAGCGGGCAGGCGGAUGCCAAGGCAAAGCGGUGCCUGGAGGCAAUACAGGAGAAGGAUACUGGAGAUGAGAAUGGGAGGCUGUGA